UCACCUCUCUGUUUUUCUCGCUAUUCUUAGGACCGUCUUUUGUUCACGAAGCAUCACAGCCAACAUAAUUUCUCUCUACGACCCUUUACCCGUCAUACCAUCAUCACCACCACCACCACCAGCACCAGCACCAACAAGAACAACAAACAACACGACGACCGUCAGCUCCUUAACUUCCUCGUUUUUUACAACUCUUAUAGCCUCUUCCUCUUGCUACCCCUCUUUCCUCCGACCUCCUUUGCAAGCUUCCAUUUUUUCUCCCUCCUCUUCACAUCAUCGCUUCCGCUGCUAGCUUACAGCUGCUGCCGAUUGUUAUUAAGGCGAGCGAAUCGUGGAUCUUGAAGACACGGUUUGUGUUCAGUCUGGUCUCGUGUAGUGGCAUCAGCUAUACAACUUCUGCUCCACUAUCUCCACUUCCGCCACCACAUUCAUCUUCACCACCACUACCACUACCACUAUACCUUCACGAUCAUUACUCUACCGAACAGUGCUCCUUUCUAUAUUCAUACACACACAUAUAUAUAUACAUAUACAUCUUACUUUCUCGUUGCCUGUCUUUUGAGCGGCCUUUAUCUGUUUUGACAAUCUAUCUAUCUAUCUAUCUAUCUAUCUAUCUAUCUAUCUAUCUAUCUAUCUAUCUAUCUAUCUACUCACACAUUGCUCUUAGGCUAUCCUUACUACCUGGAUCUAUCCGAUCAUCGUCAUCAUCAUCCCCAUCGUCAUCAACUACAGCAAAACAAAAUAAAAACACCACGACACCAUGAGGGCGACAUGUAUGGUUAUUGUAGCUCUGUUUUUCUUAGUGGUCAGCAAUCUAGCGAUCGUAAUAUCGUUCGCCACCCCAUACUGGAUAGAGUUUCGAAACCCGGUCUUUCACAGUGGAGGUAACCAUCAUCGUGGCCUCUGGGCAUAUUGUGAUUCUUCCAGCUGUAAAUGGGUUUUCGACAACAACUUUCUUAUUCAAAAGGAUCUUGGAGUCUUGAUUCAAGUCACUCAAGCCCUCUACUCUAUUGGCGCCGUAUGUGGUAUCCUCAGUCUGCUUAUAGCAACAAUAGCCUUGUGUUGUGACUGUAAGUGCAAUGCACAUAAAGCCGUGGCCAUUCUACUUAUACUGGCUGUGGUUUUUAUGUCGAUCGGCCUUGUAAUCUAUGGAAUCGCCAUGAAUAAAAAAUACGACGCGGCCAUCACUUGGAACGAGAGCUCACAAGCCAUGAUUUGUUGGUCAUUUUGGCUGGGAGUCGGGGCAUGUGUGGUUAGCUUCUUUACAGCGAUCAUCUACGCUUUUGAAAGCCACGUGACUUCCUACAACUGAUUACUAACAAGCCAGUUUUGAGCAUAUCAACAAACCAACCAACCAACCAAUCAACCAACCAACCAUACACUAUUUUCACCUUUGGCAAUCAACAGAUAGUAGGACUACUAUCAAAAAUCACUACUUCUCACAACUGUUACAACAACUACUACUACAACUACAAACUCUCUUACUAUUACAAUUAACACUACUAGAACAGCUACUACUAUUACUACCCAGCACUGCAACCACUGCCAAUGAUCAGUUCUAUGACCAUUACCAACUCCUAACUUACUAACUACUAUUUUCCAGCUCAAUAACUACCAUUACUAAAUACAACUACUGUAGCAUUUACAAAAGGCCUCUACGUAGGACAGAUGACAAUGUCAAAAUAAUUACAACUAACACCAGUACCACGGUAAUCGUACCAACUAAACCUUCUACCAAACAGCACGAUGACCACCACCACCACCACCACCAGCACUAUCAUCACCACUGUCAAAUACCACCGACCCUUACCACACAAUCACUAGAGCCCUGAAACAAAUAAUAACUGCUGCAAAUACUGAGCCAUCGAGGGGACCACUAUAAGGUCGCUCGAUCUGCUCGCAACAGCAGACAAAUUUCCAUCUUAUUGUACAAUACCAUCUUUAAAAAGGAAGGAUGCAUUCGGUAACGUAAUCCUUGGUAUACUACAUUUGGACGAAAAAAA